AUGCAGCUGGUGCCGCGCUGCUACCGUUGCCUGGAUGAGUCCGGCUUGGUGACGAUGCCACAGGAUAUCGACCGCUUGGAGUGCGUUUGCUGCUUCGACGCCCGCAGCGGUGUUCGGUGCAUCAUCAUCGGCAUCCCAGGCUUGCUGGGCGAGCGCUGUGUGGUGGGGCGAGUGGAGCAGAACCAGGCAGAAAGUUUCGCCGUGGUCUACGAUGCGAAGGGUCUCCGGCGCCAGGUGCAGGUAUCGUGCCUGGCGGUAGACGACUGCAUCUUCUCUGGCCGUACCUCUCGCGGGGAUCCUUGUCCCUUCAAGGGCGAGCGAGUAAGUCUGGGGCUUGGAUUGGCAUGCCUGGGUUGCGCCUGUGUGGGCAAGCAGGCAAUGGAUGAACUGCUCCAUUGCUUUUCCCACACAGUUGCUGCAGAAGUCGCACGAGCAGCUGAAGGCCCAUCCAUCUGGUAG